AUGAGUCAAUUCUUAUCACAAAGUAAAUAUGCUAAAGAAGAUGAUGAAAACGAUUUAGAUUUAGGAGUUUCGAGCAAUAAAAAACUGGACGUGUCAGAUGAUUUAAAAAGUUCUUUAAGCAAUAGUGAAACAUUACAUGAUAAUAAACCAAAAAAAAAUGAGAAUAAAAAUAAAAAUCUUAAAAGUUCUGACACUAAAAAAGAUGUAGAAGCACGUUCAACUCCUGGUCCACCAAAUUGUAUAAUACUGUCUUUCAUGAUUGGAGUAGUCUUACUUGUAAUUCUACUUUUAAGAUUCAUAGGUUAG